AUGGCUCCUAGCGCUGGUUAUAAGGAGUUCUUUCCCAACGCUCCUCGCGCCGCCAGAGACAAGGCUAAUGAACGGGAACGCGAGAAGUCCUCGAGAGCAUCAGAAGCUACCGACAUUGAUGCUAAGACAGCAACGCCUGCUCAUCGCGAUGGCGCAAAGUACGAUUCGUCGUUAUCUGAUGCCGCACACCCCCCGACAGAUGAUACCGAGUCUUUGCAAGGAGAUAUCCUCAAUGGAGUUGGUUCCGCAAGCUCUCACGCGAGUACUACCUCCUCUGUCUUCACUACUUUCAAUUCAUCCGCUGCAAUGAAUGCUUCAUCACGCGCUUCCAACAGCAACCUCACACCUCUUACCACAAUGGGCUCGCCCACAAACCCUUCACAUGUGCAACCCGCAAAGCAGCGCUCCUCCGUUCUUCAUCAUAAUACAAGCAAACCUGAUAAUACGAGCUCUACAACGAUCACGGGACCGUUGUCUAAUGUUCCUGGUGUCGUUAAGCGCCUUCCGGCUCGAGACCCAAACCUCGCUAUAAAGGGAACCAAGUGUGUACACGACCCUUUAACCGACAAGAGCUUGUCCUCGAGCGAUAGAAAAACAAUGAAACCCAAGUACAAGAACAUCGGGCUGGAAGAUGACGCUCCCCCUCCAGAUCCUCGCCUAUCUAAAGGCAGCUGGCUCGAUUACAUAAAUGUCGACUUCCAUCUGCCUAAGGCGAGAUUACGUCAAACUCCUUAUAAUCUCAAACCAUACCCAUAUGAUCCUGCUACGUCUAUCGGCCCUGGACCACCGACCCAGAUUGUGGUUAGCGGGUUUAACCCGUUAAUCUCCUUCUCCAAGGUUGUAACCAUAUUCACGUCUUUCGGCGAUAUAGCUGAAAGCAGCAACAAGAUGCAUCCUCACACCGGAAGUUUCCUUGGCUUCGCAACCUUCCGAUACCGAGACUCAAAACAACAACGGCAACCUCCUGUCUCAGCUGUUAAUGCCGCGAGAAGGGCUGUCCGCUCUAUGAAUGGAAAGAAGAUUGAGACAAACCGCAUCAAGGUAGAGUUCGACCGAGAUGGAAAGAAAAGUAGGCUUAUGCUUGAGACUAUCCUCAAAAAGGACAAUGAGGAAUCUUUGCGUACAACUGUAACCCCAGUGCCUACGGGUCCUAGAGUGAAGCCUACCGAAAUCGUGAACCGACCACCUCCCACCGCUCCGAGGGGUCCUGCUGCUGAGCGUCAGCGCCCCGUAUUAGCCGCAGAGCCCACCUGGCCCCCUCCGAGCAAACCUAAGGGCCUUGGGUCUAUGCUAUUCGAUUCUCAACUUGUCUCAGCUACCCUCAAGGGCGAACCGUACAUAUUCGUUCCCGACACUAGUGUUCCAGUCAUGGUCACCACGAUACCUCAUAUGAAGAAACGUUUGAAAUCGUUCCAAUUUGACGACAUACGAGCUGACCGCACUGGCUACUAUAUCAUCUUCCCCAAUACCUCGCUUGGCCGUGAAGAAGCCACUAGGUGUUUCCGGUCGGCUGAUGGUAGCGCCUUCUUUACCUAUACAAUGGCUAUGAAGCUCCACGGCGUAGCUCCCUCGAGUUCCUCCAAUUCCAUUACCCAUUCACGAACGAAUGAGCCAGACAGAAGAUCGCUUGCGGAUGCGCGCUAUAGAGAAGAACACCAGUACCGACCUCGCGAUGAACGACGCCGCGAUGAGGAGGCCGUCUUGGAAGAAGAGAAGAAACAACGAGCCAAGAACUUCGACCCUGUCACGGAAGCUAUUGAGGUCGUUCGCCGUGAAAUGAAGGAGCAUUUAAUCAGACAUAUCAGGACUAAAGUUGCGGUACCCACGCUUGACAAAUUCCUAGACCCGGCGAACCACGUAGCUAAGAGGCGCAAAUUGAACCUCGAACAACCUCCAGGGCCGUCACAUCCUACACUCGGCAUCGAAGAGCGCGAUGUUACGCCCAUCAGCACACCCAACUCGCGAGCUGACCCAAUCGAACGUCGCACAGCUCGUGUCGAUGUUGCUGCGUUGCCACGCAUCAGGAAAAUUAAAGGUCAAGGUGCUGCGCAGCGAAAUUAUGGAUUUACAGACCCAUUUGCGCGUAAGAGGCCUUCUGUGGUACACAAUGCCUUCCGAUCGCUUCACCAUCGACUACAGCCUCCGGACAGCGAUGACGAAGUAUCUGAAGACGAGACCGAGAAUCGCGAUUCGGUUAUGCGUGAUGUCGAAGAAUCAGAGUCGCGCCCUAGGAGCCGUAUGAGUACGGAGGACGACGGGUUCGAGAAUGACUUCGCCGAUGAAGAUUCUAUGACCGAUGCUAGUUUCCCUGUCAACGAUGGUAUUGUUAAGGCAAAGAAGCGGAAGCUCGACCUUCACGUCGAAGCCGCCAUCAAGCGACAGAAGAAAUCCGACGAAGAGCUCUUCGGUGUUACUAUUGAUACACUCGAAAACGAGUUCCCUAGUCCAACAGAAGACAUCGUUAUGCCCGACGCCGAUCUUGACAAGACCUCCGAAGCCACCGAACUUCCUACUCUAGUCGAGAAGACAGCCAAGGGCCGAAAGAAAGCUACCGUAGCUAAGCCAAAGAAGAAGACUAAGAAACAGCUCUUCGAGGAACGUGAAGCCAUGAAGAAGAAACAGCAGGAAGUAUACGUCGAGGAAGCCCUAGGACAAUCGCAGAAAGAACAGAGACAAGAGUCCGAGGACCUGGUACCCAAGCCUGUGGUUCAAGAGGUUGUUGACGAGGUAAUUCCCAAAGACGAGCGCUUUUCCGAUGCAGUACUCCCAGCGAUGGCUUUGCCGGAGUCGUUCGGCUUGUCAGUACAGUCCAUCCCGGAACUUGACCUCCAGUCUAAGGAUCACCCUGAUGUCGGUAAGCUCAAGAAGAGGUUCAAGUCGAAUGACGUGGGCGAUCCCAGACUUUGGGUAUGGAGACACAACCGCGUGCGGGAGCUCAAUGCGGAGAAGGCAUCACCUACGGAGUCUCUUAUUAUUGAAGGCUACUACGUACCAAAUCCUAGUGGAUGUGCCCGUACCGAAGGUGUUAAGAAAAUUCUCAAUUCGGAGAAAUCCAAAUAUCUCCCCCACCACCUUAAAGUCCAGAAGGCCAGAGAGGAGCGGCAGCUUCGCCAAGCGAAGAAGGACGGCAAGGAUACGGCGGCGGCGGCGGCUGAAGCAGCAAAACUCGCGGCAGAGAAAUUACUAGCCAAGGGCAAUUCGCGAGCAAACCGUGUCAAUAACCGGCGCUUCGUCGCCGACUUGAACGAUCAGAAGAGAACCCUGGGCCAAGAUUCGGAAGUUCUGAGAUUCAACCAGCUGAAGAAACGAAAGAAGCCUGUCAAAUUUGCUCGCUCCGCAAUCCACAACUGGGGCCUAUACGCCAUGGAGAAUAUUAACAAAGAUGAUAUGAUCAUUGAAUACGUUGGCGAGGAAGUUCGGCAGUCCAUUUCCGAGAUUCGGGAGAACCGAUACCUCAAGAGCGGCAUUGGCAGCAGCUACCUCUUCCGUAUCGACGAUAGCACGGUCAUCGACGCCACAAAGAAAGGAGGCAUUGCCCGAUUUAUCAACCAUAGCUGUAUGCCCAAUUGCACAGCCAAAAUCAUCAAAGUGGAAGGCAGUAAGAGAAUUGUCAUUUAUGCUUUACGAGAUAUCGCUCAAAACGAGGAAUUGACUUACGACUACAAAUUUGAGCGAGAAAUAGGGAGCUUAGAUCGUAUCCCUUGCUUGUGCGGAACUGCAGCUUGCAAAGGAUUCCUCAACUAA